AUGGCCACGUAGAAUCAUGUUCAGUUUGCGAUUGCGGAUGUGUUGUUUUACACUGGAGAAAGGUCACAUUGGAUUUCCAAACUCGUGAUUGUGAGUGUGAUUGUGCUGUGCGUGACGACAUUGAGGUUUAGAGUUUGGGCUGUUGUGAUAGAUUUCGAUUGUGACUUUUAGGCCUUUCUUUGCGAUGGCAUCAGCAGUGGUAAAUCAGUCUGAAGCUGCAGCAGUCAGGGCUCCAUCCAAGCCUGUCAAGACGUACUCCAAGGAGAACGAGCAGCUUGUCAAGCAAUCUUGGGAGAUUUUAAAGAAGGAUGCUCAGCGCAACGGCAUCAACUUUUUCCGGAAGGUGUUCGAAAUUGCACCAGGAGCUAAAGCCAUGUACUCGUUUCUGCGCGACUCAACAAUCCCGUUUGAGGAGAAUCCCAAAGUGAAGAACCACGCUCGCUACGUCUUCAUGAUGACUGGGGAUGCAGCUGUUCAGCUGGGAGAAAAAGGUGCUUAUCAGGUGUUGGAGUCGAAGUUGCAGAAGUUGGCUGCCACGCACGUCAACGCUGGAGUCACAGAUGAUCAAUUCGAGAUAGUGAAAGAGGCCAUCCUAUAUGCAAUUGAGAUGGGAGUGCCAGAUCUUUGGUCCCCUGAGCUGAAAUCUGCAUGGGGCGAUGCCUACGAUAUGUUGGCGGAACAAGUGAAGGCUGAAAUGCAUGCUCAGCGAUCUGCCGCAACUUCUUAAACCACUUCAAAACAAUGUGUUACUUGUAGACUCUUUGCAUGUGUUACGUGACAGUCUGUGCUCACGAGGAGAGUGUUCACAUCUCCUCUUAUUAAAAACACCCUCACAUGGUUUUUCCCAAUUUGUAACUGUUAAAUUCAGUACUUAAUUUUCCUCAGACUGUCACUGUUGGUUACAACGAAAUCAGACGAGGCUUGUGAAGUGGGGUCAGAAAGUGAGUGGGAAAUGUUUCCUCGUUUUCAAGUGGCAGAAGGAGAAUUGCUCAAGUUCAUAGCCCAGAAUGCAUGGAUCCACCACAGUUUAGAAGCAUGUUUUUUGAAGUACAUAGAAAGGUUGUAAAAAUACUAAAAACAAUCAUUGAAAGUGCUGGACAAGGUCGGUUUGAGAAUCGUAAGAUGAUUCGAAUUUCAGGUAAGCAUCUUAUUCUGAAAUUCGAAGCAUCCUAUAUGAAAUUUAUCAUUUGAAUAGUGAUUCUUUUUUGUUAUUUAAUUAUUUA